CUCCCUCGGUGUGGGUCAUGAAGACGGUUUCUGCGCUUGUGUUGGGUCUGGGUGCGUCCGCCGUGAUGGCGUUGGACCGGCCUCUGUAUGGCCUUGACUAUGACACACGUACGAGUGAAUGGGGUGGCUGCAAGAGCUACGACACGUUCGUCGCCGACUUCAAGGUCGUGAGCUCGUUGACGACCCACCUUCGUAUCUACACAACCACGGACGGAUGUAUCCAGCGCCUGCUUGACGCCGCCGCCAAGACCAACAUCAAGAUUUGGUUGGGUCUGUGGGGUAACGUCGACGUCGGCGAUGCAUUCCCAAGCGAGUUCAAGACUCUCCAGAAGCUUGUCAAGGAGAACCGCGUCCGCAACGACAACGUGCUGGGCAUCCACGUGUCGAGCGAAGCGCUGUUCCGUCACCACCACACCACGGACUGGAGCAACCGCACCGGCGUCAACAAGCUCAUCGGGUACCUCAACCAAACGCGCGCCUUUCUCCGCGCCAGCAACCUCAACAUCCCCGUGACCAUCGCAGACGUUGUCGACACAUACCGCGCCGCGCCCGAGCUGUACGACGUCGUGGACGUUGUGUCUGUAAACCAGUUCUCGCAGUGGGAAGGCGUGCUGGCCAAGGACGGCGUGAACGUUCUCUUUGAGCGCGUCGCGGACGUCGUGCUCGAGUCCCGCAAGCGCGGCAAGUCGGUCUUGUUUUCUGAAACCGGAUGGAGUUCCGGUGGGAAUGUGUCGGCCAUCAAGGAGUCGACCCCGGCGUCGUCUGCUCGGUUCCUCAACGACUUUAUGCGGUACACGGAGCAACAGAACAUUGCGUACUACUACUUUACCGCGUUCAACUUGGCGUGGGGCGAAACCGAGUUUGCCAAAGUCGAGCGCAACUUUGGCCUGUUUGACGAGAAGCGCGUAAUCAACCCACAUGUGAAGAACGUCACGCUGGGCAAGUACCACAAGCCCGUGCGUAUCUGGCACGACGGCAAGGUGGUCAAGGCGGAUGGUCACUACUCGGGGUCGUUCGGGCGGCUGUCGCUGGGCGCGCCGGCAAAGGGCCUCACGGACACGCUCGACCGCGAAAUCUGGUUCUUUGACCAAGAUCUUCUCACGUUUCGGUCGCGGAGCACCAACCAGUGUCUCGACACGUACGCUGACGCCGACGGCAACUCGCAAGUGCACGUGUACUGGUGCGACGGCUCCAACUACAACCAAAAGUGGCGAUUCCGUGGCGACGGCACGUUCCAAGUCGUGUCCAAGGCCAACCCGAUCGUCGGCGGCGCCGCCACCGUCGACGCCAAGCUCGGCAAAGGCGCGAACCGCACUAACGACGACGUGACGGUGCCCGUGGGUGUGCUGUACGCGUCCAGCUUGGCCGCGCACGGCCGCUGCCUCCGCGCCGUCGGCGACGACAUCGCCAUGAUGAACUGCCAAAAGGACGCCGCCAACAAGUUCACGGUGCGCCCGCUGGACACGGAAGAAGUACACAUCGUGUCUGCCGAUGCCCAGUGGAAGCUCACAGAAGACUAUGGCCGCGUGACGGUGAGCACCAAGUCCACCGCGGGCGCCGACGCCGACGCCCAAGUGUGGUUCUAUGACCCGCUCCUCCAGCGCAUCCGCAACAAAGCCAACGGCAGGUCCUGCCUCGACUUGGUUGACGACAAGAUCCACGGGCUGGUGCAAGGCCGUGUGUGUGAUCAUACGCCGAGCCAGUCGUGGUCGUACAAUGAUCUGACUGGACAGGUGCAGCACCUGGGCAAAGUCGGACUCUGUCUCAACGCUGAAACGGACGGCCAGGACCUGCAUGUCGUCUUCUGCGACGUGGCCGAAGCGUCUCAGAAGUGGACGUUUGACUUGGUCAACCAGUAAAAACUAACUAUAUAACGUUACAGUCAGUACACAUUCCCCG